AUGGAAGAGAAUGAAAUAACGGAUCGGGCAGAGAAUGGUAAUGGUCAAAUGGAAGAAGAGGGUCGUCCACGAGAUAUAAAUAUUGUUCAUAAUUUGAAGGCAAUAGAGAAUCGCUCGUUGGUAUCGGGUGAAGUAACAAAAGGACCUCGCACAGCCCUACAACGGCUGCCGAGGCAUAUGCGUCGUCGUGCGAUGUCGUAUAAUAUUAAACGAUUUCCUCGGAAUCAACGCCGAUUCGCUGCAUCAGCUGUAAAGGCAUCGAAACAUCGUAAGAAAGCACCGAGCAGAUUUUGGAGAAGAAGACCUCGAAACUUGCUAUUGAAUUAUAUAAGACGACAACGAAAGCAUAUUUGGUUGGAGACACACGUGUGGCAUGCGAAACGAUUCUAUAUGUGCGAUAAAUGGGGCUAUAGAUUAGCGUUACGCAGCUAUCAACGUGCCUAUCGUGCCACUUAUCGUGAUGCCAUGAGACAUUGCACUAUCAGAGACACAAGUUUCAUCAGAUGUUUUCAAGUGAAUUCAUUUCGAUUUUUGUUUUGUUACUCAUCGAUAAUUUUAAUCGUAUUUCAUUCGGCAUCAUUGUUUGCAUUAAUAUUUUGUGGCGGUAAUGAAAAUGAUUUGAUCAGUGCAUUACGUUCUUUAUGCGUGCCAUCAGCCAGUGCUACGUUCGCAUUCAAAUCGGCACUAGAGAAUCGAUUCGAAAUAACAACUUUACUCUUCGAACCCGGCAAGUAUCCGUUCGGUUUCAUUGGUCCUGUUCGAUUCUGUUGGACAGGUGAAAGAGCUCUUUCCUACUCUAUCGUCUGGUCGGAUAAUUCUUUAUCUUUGAUGUUCUCAAUUCAGAAGGACGAAGCACCGAUAAAUGUUUUAUAA